UCGAAAUGCCAAAUAUCAUAGACCUCAAGGACCCAUUUAUAUAUUUUUGGGCGGCGAGUGGACCAUAACACCGGGUCUACUCAGCACGGGUCUAACCCAUGAUAUGGCCGUGGAAAAUGCGGGAAUUUUGUUCUACACGGAGCACCGAUACUACGGCCAAAGCUGGCCAUACGAAAAUGACAGUCUGUCCUUAGAGCAUCUGAAACAUUUAUCCCUGCAUCAAGCCCUAGCCGAUCUAGCGCAUUUCAUACGAUACCAAAAGUCACACUCCAGCAAUCUAACACAUUCCAAAGUCAUCCUAGUAGGUGGUUCAUACUCCGGCAGCAUGGCAGCUUGGAUGACGCAUCUCUAUCCAGAACUUGUUACUGCCAGCUGGGCGUCCAGUGCUCCGCUGCUGGCCAAGGCGGAUUUCUACGAAUACAUGCAAUUGGUUGAGAACUCUCUUAACCUGAGCUAUGGUAACAAUUGUACACAACGAAUAGAGAGGGGUCUUAACCACUUGGUGAAGCUAUUCAAUACGAAUGAGACAACUGAAUUAUUAACAAGUCUGAAUGCCUGUCCGAGCUAUGAUGCAAAUAAUUCGCUGGAUCGCAUGACCUUCUUCAGCGGCAUUGGCAAUUACUUUGCCCUAGUUGUACAGAGUUACAGUGCCUACAUUCCAGCGCUGUGUGAGACGCUCAUGUCGCUGCACUGCAGCGAUGAGGAGGCCCUGCAAAAGUUUCUACAGCUACUCUAUUUGGAUGGAAAGCGGUUGGGUGAAUACAACAACUGUCUGGACUUUAGCUACCAGUCAAUGUUGCAGCUGUUUAGCGAAUAUUCCGACCGCAGCUCGGGCACACGCGCCUGGUUCUACCAGACGUGCAACCAAUUUGGAUGGUACACCACAACCAGCCGCAUUAACACCACAUCAACCAGCUCAACCUUUGGCCGUGAAGUGCCUUUGUGGUACUUUGAGCAGCUGUGCCAUGAUGCAUUUGGUUCACGCCAGACUCCGGCAACACUUGCCUUGGGCAUUGCACAGAUGAAUGCACAAUUUGGUGGUCUCUCGUUUGACCAGAGCCUGCGUUAUCGUGAGGUGGUCUUUACGCAUGGGGAGCUGGAUCCAUGGCGGGCUUUGGGACAACAACGUGGCCGCCAGGCGCUGGUUAUAGCAGGUUACUCGCAUGUGGAGGAUCUGACCAGCAUCAAUGUGCGGGACAGUGUGCCCAUGAAUCUGGCCAAGCUGCGUGUCAUGUCUUUUCUGCGGCGUCACAUUGCAGCCAUUUAGAUGCCUUCGUACAUUAUUAAAUAAAUAUCUUCUUGUCCACGUAUUAGUCAGUUUGUAAAUUCCUCUUUGCUGCAACCUCUCGUAGGCGUUGCGGCAUUUCUUUUCUUGCCUCACUGGCCCUCGGUAAACAGAGACAAAUUGAGUGACACUUGGGCGUAAGUGAGAUAAGUGUUUCGACCCUCCAAUGUACACAUGUAUAUAAUUAUAAAUAUUGUAGAUU